CGUGCCCAGUCAAAUGAGUUCACAUAAAUUGAAACGGAGGGAGUAUAUUCUUACCACUCCUUUUUUCCCUUUUGGCAGGUGUGUUACUUGGUUAUGUAUCAAACUAUGCAUUUUCAAAGCUCCCAACAAAAUUGGCAUGGCGAUUCAUGCUUGGAAUUGGUGUCAUUCCAUCAGUCUUCUUAGCCCUUGGUGUUCUUGCCAUGCCCGAGUCACCACGUUGGCUAGUCAUGCAAGGUCGUCUUGGAGAUGCCAAAAGAGUUUUGGACAGAACUUCAGAUACAUUAGAAGAGUCCAAAAUGAGAUUAGCUGACAUAAAAGAAGCUGCUGGUAUUCCACAAGAUUGCCAAGAUGACAAUAUAGUUUCUGUCACUCGACGUAGUUCUCAUGGUGAAGGUGUUUGGAGAGAAUUGUUCCUCCAUCCAACCCCUGCUGUUCUUCAUAUUCUCAUUGCAGGUAUUGGCAUUCAUUUCUUUCAACAAGCAAGUGGUAUAGAUGCUGUAGUUUUGUACAGUCCGAGGAUAUACGAGAAAGCAGGCAUUACUAAAGACAACGACAGACUACUUGCCACUAUAGCUGUUGGAUGUAUGAAGACAUUCUUUAUCUUGGUAGCUACAUUCUUGGUAGACAAAGUUGGAAGAAGAGUUUUACUUCUAUCAAGUUGUGGUGGUAUGAUUCUCUCCUUAUUAGGCCUAGCAACAGGCUUAACCAUAAUUGAUCACUCAGAUCAUAAGCUAAAAUGGGCAAUAGUCCUUUGCAUAUGUACAACAUUAUCUAGUGUUGCAUUCUUCUCAAUUGGCAUGGGUCCUAUAGCAUGGGUAUACAGUUCAGAAAUCUUUCCAUUGAGAUUAAGAGCUCAAGGUUGUAGCAUAGGUGUGGCAGUGAAUAGAGCAAUGAGUGGAGCAAUUUUGAUGACAUUCAUAUCAUUAUACAAGGCUAUUAGUAUUGGAGGGGCUUUCUUCUUGUAUACUGGAAUUGCAAUAAUUGCUUGGAUUUUCUUUUACACAUUGUUACCAGAAACACAAGGUAGAACACUAGAGGAGAUGGAGGAAUUGUUUGGUACUUUCUUUAAGUGGAGAUCUACAAUGAAAGAAUUGAAGAAAAACAAAGUGGAAAGUGAUGGUAGUGCUCAAGUUCAAAUGGGAAAUAGCCAGCCUUAAAUGGUGUUCUGACCUGCCAACUGGAGCGUGAACAAUCUAUCCUAGGGCCUAAUAUCGGGGGCUUGGCUUUGAUAUCAUGAUAAGAAUGAACAUUGCAUCUAAUUCAACCCCAAAAGUUAGCGUAAAGAGAAAAGAUUGCUCAAGCCAUAAAGAGUCUAAGGAACUCAUUCAUCUCCGACAUGGGAUUCCAUCAUAUGCUAACUGUGUGGUAGAGUAUAUUUUUUGAAGUCUUCAAAAAUCUAUAUCCUGUUUCCAUUUAGUGGUAGUAAUCAUAAAUAUCUUAUAUUGCAACUCAUCAUCUACACAGAACUUACACUACUUGUUUCCCAUUUAAAAUUCCAAAACAUAUGUGUCUUCCAUGUUUUUUGGCUA